AUGUCAGCUGCCACUUCACCCCCAACGAGAGUAUCUUUGACUUCCAGGAAAAACUGGACCUUCUCGAUGACUUCAUCUGAGAGGAAGAGGGAAUGGUUCGAGGGUAUUCCAACAGAGGCGUUAAGAGCAGUGGCACGCAUCUACCCGAAACUGCUCCUAAACACCUACAAUGCUUGUCUGAAGAAAGGCAUCUUCCCCAAGCAGUGCAGCACGCAACAACUAGUGCUCAUUAGCAAAGGCAAGGGUGACCCAACAUUACCGGGAGCAUAUCGCCCCCUGUGCAUGCUAGACACUGCGGCAAAACUGCUAAAGAAGCUGCUAAGGCCCCACUUGGAAGCGGUUAUUUGGGAGGGCGGAGAUCUGUCUUCCAGACGGUAUGAUUUCAAAAGAGAACGCUCGACUGUCCAUGCAGUCCUAGAGAUCACGCAGACAAUCAACCUAGCACAAAGUGGAAAUGACUAUUCCAAGAAGGUCGUCCUCCUGGCGACGUUAGAUGUGCAUAAUGCUUUUGACACUGCCAGGUGGAUAGACAUGAUUGAAGCCCUCAAGAAAUUUAAGAUAGAGUGCUACCUGAAGGAGAAAGUUCUCGUAUACGCUGACGACAUCAUGGCACUUAUUACCGCGCGCAAGAUGGAUAAAAUUCAGUGGAAACUAAAUCAGGUCAUGCACCUAGUGGAUAGGAGGGUGGAUAGCCAUGGUCUUAGCCUAGCAAUAGAAAAGACUGAGUUGGUGCUUGCUACCAGAAAGAUGAUUCCCACCAUCAUAGAGAUGAAGGCAGGCAUGGAAAUCAUCCAGACGAAUCGGGUGUUAAAGCACCUUGUGGUAAUGUUGGAUACCAAGCUCACCUUCUGGGAACAUAUUAGGAAAGCUUCUGAAAAAGCAGCAACAGUGACGACAGCACUAAGCAGGCUCAUGGCAUCAGUACAACUGAGGGGUGGACUGAGAGUUGCGUGCUCUUAUUGCACUGUUUUGGAGCUCGCAGCGCUCGUAAUCGCGGGAAUAAUACCAAUUGACCUGCUAGCCUUGGAAAAGAAGUCUAUAUUUGAGGCAAUUCUAGAAAAAGAGAGAGAAACAGCUCAGACAGAGGCUAGAGCGAACUCGCAACAAUGCUGGCAAAGACGGUGGGAGAAUGACCAUCGAGGGCAUGGAUACUUUCAGGCCUACCUAUGCACGAUCAAAAAGGUUCAGAGUUCGAGGUGUGCCUACUGCGAAGCCAAGCGCGACGACGUAGAGCACACUUUCGUUGACUGUGAACGGUGGAUCGUGCACAGAGAUAGAUUAGAAAAAGAGACAGGACGCCUGACAAAAGAGAACGUGAUGGCAGAGAUUCUGCGAAUCGAGGAGAUCUGGGAUGCGGUAGCCAACUAUGUCGAAUCCAUCCUGCGGCAGAAGAAGAUUGAAAUGAAUGGGGCGGAACAUCAGCCCUAA